AUGUCCAAGUUCCUGAGAUGUCAGGCCUCACCCACAGGUAGCAAAGCACUGAACAGUUCCGGACAACAGGGAGGCUGCUUUUUCCUCCUCUUCAUUUGGUAUGCUGACCUGAGUCCAACCCCUCAGUAUCAGGGGCCUCUGCUGGAUGAAGACAUACAAAGUGAGAAUGUGUUUCAGUCAGAGCACUGCGGGCUGCAAAUCACCCGACGGUGGCGCCCCGAUGCUGAAAAAUCCAACCUUUCUAUGGAAAUUCUUACCCACAGGGAUCUUCUCCAGCAGGUACAGGUAGCUGGCAAAGAACUCACUCCUCAGCGUGUGGUGCAGGUGGAAGGACAUGCUGUGGCGGCACAUGCUGUCAUCCGUCUCUUUCCAGCGGUCCCUGAAAGCUUGAAGCUGUCAGACGGAGUGUGCGUGAAGGAGAGCAAGACUCUGAGUGGAGCAGCUCUCGUUUGGGAGCGUGUUUCUCCAGCUGCUGCUAUAUCUGUCAAGCUGCGCCUUGGACACAGCUCUGCCAGUGGUCAGAGAGUGAAGGGUUGCUCUCUGGACGUGCACCCGACUGAGAAGGCGCUCGUCGUUCAGUAUGAGGUCGAGGCAACUCUUCUGGGAGAACUGGGGGAGCCCAUGGUCGGAGACCGCAAAGAGUGCCAGAAAAUCAUUCGCCUGAAGAGCCUGAACGCCACCACAGACACCUCCUCUCUGGCCCGAAAGGUGGUGGAGGAGUGCCGGCUCAUCACCCCCUCCAAGCUCCGCGAGGUGGAGCAGCUGCUCUUCUACCUGCAGAUCCGCAAGCAGGCCAACGGUACCGCAGCCUCCCGCACGCCGCCUCUGGAAAGCGUCCUCAUGAGAGUCAACGACCAGGAGAGGAAACGGAUCUCGCCGCGGGACUUUGCGCCCUACGCAGGAGUAGAGGUAGGGGAUGGCUCCGCGUGCAGCCCCAUGCUGAGAUUCCUAUCUGAAGUGGGAGUUUUCCCCCAGCUGGGCGAGGAGGCGAGCAUCGGCAGCAUCGACGAGUACGUGGAGCUGCUGUACGAGGACGUCCAGGAGAAGAUCCGAGGGGCCACGCUCAUCUUCCAGCUGGCCCGCAACCCAGACAACCUGGAGGAACUGAUCGAAAAUGAGGCAGCCCUUGGUGCUCUGGCCAGAGUUCUGAGAGAAGACUGGAAGCAGAGCGUGGACCUGGCAACAACUAUCAUCUACAUCUUCUUCUGCUUCUCCAGUUUCUCCCAGUUCCAUUGCCUGGUCUCUCACUUCAAGAUCGGAGCCCUCUGCAUGAACAUCAUCGAGCACGAGUUCUCUGAGAACCAAAACCUGAAGAAGGAACAUGAGAAGUCUUUCAGAAAGUACCAGAGCCUGCUGAGCAAGCAGGAGCUGCUUCUCAGAGUGUCUCUGUGUCUGCUGCUCAAUCUGGCUGAGGACACCCGCACUGAGCUGAAGAUGAGGAACAAAAACAUCGUCCACACGCUGGUGAGGCUGGUCGACCGGGAGGACCAGGAGCUGCUUCUGGUGGUCGUCUCCUUCCUGAAGAAGCUCUCCAUCUUCCUGGAGAACAAGAACGACAUGGCUGAAGCAUUUGCAGUGGAGAAGCUGGCUCGGCUGGUUCCCUGUGGGCACGAGGAGCUCCUCAGCACCACCUUGCGCCUCCUGCUCAACUUGUCCUUCGACACGACCCUGCGCAGCCAGAUGGUUCAGGCCGGACUCGUCCCCAGACUCUCCUCUCUGCUCGCUGACGAGGCCCAGAGACAGCUCAGCAUGUGCAUUCUGUACCACAUCAGCAUGGAGGACAGAUUCAAGCCCUCGUUCGCCGACACAGACUGCAUACCACAGCUGAUGAGGAUGCUGUUUGAAUGUGGGGAAGAGAAUAUAGAGGUGGAGCUCAUCUCGCUCAGCAUCAACCUGGCUGCUAAUAAGAGUAACGCUCAGGCCAUCUGUGAAGGUAACGGUCUGAAGAUGUUGAUGAAGAGGGCCUUAAAACGGAAGGAUGUACUGGUGAUGAAGAUGAUCAGAAACCUGUCUCAGCAUAAUGGACCAACUAAGAACUUGUUCUUGGACCAUGUCGGGGACCUGGCAGCUCAGAUCAGCGACGGGGGGGCCGAGGAGUUUGUGAUCGAGUGUCUUGGAACGCUGGCCAACCUGACCAUCCCCAACCUGGACUGGGCCCUGGUUUUAAAGGAGUACAACCUGGUGCCCUACCUGAAAGACAGGCUCAAACCAGGUUCGGCAGAGGAUGAUCUCAUCCUGGAGGUGGUGAUCAUGAUGGGCACAGUGUCCACGGAUGACUCAUGUGCUGCCAUGUUGGCCAAAUCUGGCAUCAUCCCGGCUCUCAUUGAGCUCCUCAAUGCCCGACAGGAGGACGAUGAGUUUGUGUGCCAGAUUAUUUACGUCUUCUACCAGAUGGUUUUCCACAAAGCAACGAGAGAUGUCAUCAUCAAAGACACCCAGGCCCCGGCUUACCUCAUCGACCUGAUGCACGACAACAACACGGCCAUCCGCAAAGUCUGCGACAACACCCUGGACAUCAUCGCUGAGUACGACGAGCAGUGGGGCAAAAAGAUCCAGACCGAAAAGUUCCGCUGGUACAACAGUCAGUGGCUGGAGAUGGUGGAGAACCGUCAGCUGGAUGGGACAGGCGAGUCCUUCCUGUACGGCGAGGACGCAGAAUCCUUCACAGGGAGCAGAGACAUCCUGGACAGACCUGACCUGUUCUACAGCGCAGAUGGGAUCAUCUCAGCAGACGGUACCAUCAGCCCAGACUUCUACGAUGACUUCCAGAACGGAGAUCUGGGAUCAGUCGGAUUCGUCAGCAGGUAUCGAGCUGCACCUCAGAUGGGUUUGCUGCCUAAUAUGUGA